AUGACCUCUGGGACACCAUUGCGCCACCGUAAUGCCCGUGUCCUGUUCGAUUUCCGAAGACGAAGAGAAGGAUAUCAAAACUCUGCCUCGUCGCCCAGACGUACCACGGACAAAGUUGGGGAGCUUGGAGACAGAUCGGUCCCAGUUGAGCAAUACGAGAAAGGGAAGGACCUGUGUGAGAAAGCCAGAUUAAUGUGGGAUGAAGAGGCCAAUGGUGGACCCUUCCCGUAUCAAGAUGUCUCGCGCCUCGUCAGUCUUGCGCCCCCUCUCUCUGUCAUUAUGUCCGGAAAACGAGAUCUCUCAGGCUAUAAUUAUGCUGCUAUCUCUUCUUUAGUACUGACAGCAGACCGGUCUACCCUGCCUCGCCGAGAUAAAGAGCCAGACGGUGCGCCUACAUCGCUUGCGGGUCGUAUUGACCCCCGGGACAUGGGCUCUCGCAUACAACGAGAAGCACCCAAAGACCUUCAUAAGAAGAAGAAAAAGGCUGCGGAUAGGCAAGAUGGGACCGAGAAGCAGCUCUCAAAGCGCAGGGCGGCCGAGACUUCCGGCUUUGGUUAUACGGACAUUAUUGAGGCGACGCAGGAUGUGGAGGGUUUGACUUACCGACCGCGCACAGCAGAGACGCGGGAGGUUUAUGAGCUAAUCCUAUCCAGCGUACAUCGUGUGCUUGGGGACCAAGCGCAGGACGUCGUUCGUAGCGCUGCCGACGCCGUGUUGGAGACCCUCAAGAACGAGAAUCUCAAGGAUUUUGACAAGAAAAAGGAGGUGGAGGAAGUUGUGGGAUCAAUACCUAACGAAGCGUUCUCGCAGUUGCUCAACUUGUCGAAGAAAAUCACGGACUACGGCGCCGAAGACGAGGCUAUGGCGGACCCUGACAUGGAGCGUAUGGAUGCAGAGAUUGACGACGAGAUGGGCGUUGCUGUUGUCUUUGAUGAAGAGGAGGAAGAAGAGGAGGAGGAGGAAGAGGGGUUUGAGGUUCGCGACGAGUCUGAUGAAGAAGCUGAGGAGACGGGGGAGGUACCACCCGAGUCACAGGAAGGAGAGGAAGAACUCGUCAUCGGCGGAAGUUCCUCAGCUCAACAGGGCAAAGCGCAAGUCGACGAAGAUAUCGUUUCGCUACACUCCAUUGACGGCUUCUGGGUGCAGCGUCAAAUCACCGAAGUGUAUCCCGAUCCAGUCACUGCCGCAGACAAAGCUGCUUCAGUACUCUCAAUUCUUGGUUCUGAAUCAAACCUGCGCGACUGUGAAAAUCAGCUUAUGGAAUUGUUCGAGUACCAGAGUUUCCAUGUCAUCACGAAGUUUCUCAAAAAUCGCGACGUCAUCGUUUGGUGUACGAAGCUUACGCGUUCUGACGCGGAUGAGCGUGUCAAUGUCGAGGUAGCCAUGCGGGAGAAGGGUCUUGGUUGGAUCCUGAGGGAGCUUGCUGGUGACAGGAAGACAAAAAUGCGGGUGGACGCGAUGGACGUGGACGAGGCGCAGAAGGCAGAAGUACCGAAAACAGCUACUCUCCAGCCUGGUUCUACCGUGCAACCAAAGGCGACCGUUGACCUCGAGGGUAUGGCGUUCAGCCAGGGCGGGCAUUUGAUGUCAAACAAGAAGUGCAAGCUGCCGGAGGGGUCUUUCAAACGAGCGAAGAAGGGAUACGAAGAAAUUCAUGUCCCAGCACCAAAGCACAAACCAUUGGCUGCGGAUGAGCAGGUCACAAUCACCGAGUUGCCACCUUGGGCUAGAGAAGGCUUCCCGGGCAUCAAGAAUCUCAAUCGUGUUCAGAGUAAAUUGUAUCCGAUUGCAUUUGGCACGGACGAGCCAAUUCUGCUCUGCGCUCCGACAGGUGCUGGAAAGACAAAUGUCGCCAUGCUGACCAUUUUGAAUGAGCUGAGCAAGUACAGGAACGAAGAAACCGGUACCUUCGACCUUGAUGCGUUCAAGAUCAUCUAUGUUGCCCCAAUGAAGGCGCUUGUUCAAGAGAUGGUCGGCAACUUCAGCUCGCGUCUUGGGGUCUAUGGUGUGAAGGUGGGCGAGUUGACCGGAGAUGCACAGAUGACAAAGCAGCAGAUAGCAGAGACUCAGAUCAUCGUAACGACACCAGAGAAAUACGACGUGAUCACCCGCAAGAGCACCGACACCAGCUAUACGAACCUUGUUCGACUCAUCAUUAUUGACGAAAUUCAUCUGCUACAUGAUGAGCGCGGCCCUGUCUUGGAGAGCAUUAUUGCGCGGACAAUUAGGCGCAUGGAGCAGACCAACGAAUACGUCCGUCUAGUUGGUCUUUCUGCCACGCUGCCGAACUAUCAGGAUGUCGCGACUUUUCUUCGCGUCGAUUCAUCCAAGGGGUUGUUCUAUUUCGAUGCAUCGUAUCGGCCAUGUGUUCUUCAGCAGCAGUUCGUCGGUGUCACGGAGAAGAAGGCCAUCAAGCGCUACCAAGUCAUGAAUGAAGUUUGCUACGAGAAGGUACUCGACCAGGCUGGGAAGAACCAGACUCUCGUGUUCGUACAUUCCCGUAAAGAAACAGCGAAAACCGCAAGAUUCAUCCGGGAUAUGGCCAUCGAGAAAGAGACCAUUACGCAGUUCGUAAAGCCUGAUGGCGCUACGCGCGAGAUCUUGCUGGAAGAGACGAACAACGUCAAAGACACGAAUCUGAAAGAUCUGCUGCAGUUUGGCUUUGGUAUUCAUCAUGCAGGAAUGUCUCGCGAGGAUCGCGGGCUCGUCGAAGAGCUCUUUGCUGACGGACAUUUGCAAGUAUUAGUCUGCACGGCGACGCUGGCCUGGGGCGUCAACCUUCCCGCUCACACUGUCAUUAUCAAGGGCACCCAGAUCUACAAUCCGGAGAAGGGUCGAUGGGUGGAACUCUCAUCCCAGGAUGUGCUACAGAUGCUUGGUCGUGCGGGUCGGCCACAGUACGAUACUUUCGGGGAGGGUAUUAUCAUCACCAACCACUCAGAACUGCAGUACUACCUGAGUCUUAUGAACCAGCAGCUGCCCAUCGAGUCGCAGUUCGUGUCAAAGUUGGCGGACAAUCUCAACGCUGAGGUUGUGCUGGGCACUAUCAGGAAUCGAGAUGAGGCUGUGCAAUGGCUGGGAUAUACCUACCUGUACGUGCGAAUGCUCAAGGAUCCUACACUCUAUAGUGUUGGGAUUGAUUAUCUCGAGGACGACCCGGCUCUGGUACAAAAGCGUGCGGAUAUCGUUCACACGGCUGCUGUUCUUUUGGAGAAGUGCCAUCUAAUCAAGUACGAGCGGGCGUCGGGUCGCUUCCAGACGACCGAGUUGGGUCGGAUUGCUUCUCACUACUAUGUGACGUACAAUUCCAUGGCAACAUACAACCAGCACCUACGACCGUCAAUGACCAUAUUGGAGCUAUUCCGAGUUUUCGCGUUAUCGAAUGAAUUCAAGCUUUUGCCGGUUCGCCAAGACGAAAAACUGGAGCUGGGGAAAUUGCUCGAGCGAGUACCUAUACCUGUCAAGGAGAGCGUCGAAGAGCCGGCCGCGAAGAUUAAUCCACUCUCAGAUAUCUACACGGUUGCUUACUGUGAUAUAGGAUUCGCGCUGGUUGCUGACAUGGUGUAUGUUCAACAAUCGGCUGGUCGCAUUCUGCGAGCAAUGUUGGAGAUUUGCCUCAAGCGCGGGUGGGCUGUUCCUGCCAAGGCUGCCCUAGAUCUGUGCAAGAUGGUCGAGAGACGGAUGCAAGUAGUCUUCAGGAAAUCCUUCAUGCUCAUACUAACCCGUCUCUUCAGGUGGGGCUCGAUGACUCCAUUGCGGCAAUUCAAAGGCGUUCCUGCAGAAAUCAUCAGAAAGGCCGAAGGCAAGCAGUUCCCUUGGUAUCGUUACUUCGAUUUGAAUCCUCCAGAGAUUGGUGAGCUCAUCGGCAUCCAGAACGCGGGACGGUUGGUGCAUCGACUCGUUCACAAUUUCCCCAAGCUCCAACUGCAGGCUCAAGUCCAGCCCAUCACUAGAUCCCUCCUCCGCAUUGACUUGACAAUCAUUCCCGACUUUAGAUGGGAUGAGAAAAUACACGGCGCGGCGGAAUCAUUCUGGAUCCUCGUGGAGGAUGUUGAUGGCGAGAUUAUCUUGUUCCAUGACACUUUCAUCCUUCGCCAACGGUAUGCGGAAGACGAGCAUAAUGUAACGCUCACUGUGCCAAUGUUUGAGCCUGUACCACCCAAUUACUACAUUUCUGUGGUUUCGAACCGCUGGCUCCAUGCAGAGACUCGACUCCCGAUCUCUUUCAAGCAUCUCAUUCUCCCCGAGAAGUUUCCACUACCUACACCCCUUCUUGACUUGCAGCCUCUGCCACUUUCUGCGCUCCACAACAAGGAGUUCGAGAGCAUCUACUCGUCGACAAUCCGAACAUUCAACAAGAUCCAAACUCAGGUGUUCCAGGCCUUGUACACGACUGACGAGAAUGUUUUCGUCGGCGCCCCGACCGGUAGCGGCAAGACCAUUUGUGCUGAGUUCGCACUGUUGAGACUCUGGAGCAAGCGAGAGCAACAGCGAGCGGUGUGUAUUGAGCCCUACCAAGAAAUGGUCGAUCUUCGUGUCGCGGAAUGGCGGAGUAGAUUCAGCAACCUGCAGGGCGGCAAGGAGAUCGUCAGUCUCACUGGCGAAACUAGUGCUGAUCUUCGACUUCUGGAGAAAGGUGAUCUGAUCGUCUGCACCCCGACGCAAUGGGAUGUCAUUUCCAGGAGGUGGCGUCAACGUAAGAAUGUGCAGACUAUUGGCCUCCUCAUUGCAGAUGAGAUUCAGCUCGUUGGCGGAGAAGUCGGACCCACUUACGAGGUAGUGAUCUCACGCACUCGCUAUGUCUCUGCGCAGACCGAGAUCAAGACCCGUAUCGUCGCAUGCGGUGUGUCGCUCGCGAAUGCUAGAGACCUUGGUGAAUGGAUGGGAGUUCCAUCACACGCUAUUUUCAAUUUCCCGCCUAGUGCCCGUCCCUUGGACAUGGACAUUCAUUUGCAAAGCUUCAACAUUCCCCAUUUCCCAUCUCUGAUGAUUGCUAUGUCCAAACCUGCCUAUCUAUCUAUUUUGGAAUACUCUCCCACGAAGCCGGUCAUCAUUUUUGUUCCCUCUCGACGACAGUGUCGCCUGACUGCCGACGACCUUCUUACUCAUUGCGGCGCAGAUGACAACGGCAAUCGUUUCCUCAAUAUUGAGGAGGAAGAUCUGCAGCCCCACCUUGACCACGUCAGCGACAGUGGGCUAGUCGAUACUCUGAAGCAUGGUGUCGGUUAUUAUCAUGAGGCUCUCAGUAAGCAAGACAAGCGCAUCGAUACUGCUUGGAGUCUUCCGGUGGCGAGCUAUAUGGUCAUCAUAAUGGGCGUGCAAUGCUACGAGGGCAAAGAGCAUCGAUACGUGGAUUAUCCUGUCAUGGAUGUCCUCCAAAUGAUGGGGCGCGCAUGUCGGCCCACAGAAGAUGACAAAAGUCGUUGUGUCUUGAUGUGCCAGCAGACGCGGAAAGACUUCUACAAGAAGUUCCUAGCUGAGGGCCUGCCGAUCGAGUCUCACCUUCCUACGCAUAUGCUUCACGACUACUUCUUGGCUGAGAUUGGUGUCAAGACUAUUGAGAACAAACAGGAUGCCAUGGAUAUCUUGACAUGGACGUAUUUCUAUCGCCGCAUGACACAGAACCCCAACUACUAUAACCUCCACAAUGUCAGCCACCAGCAUUUGUCCGAUCAUCUUUCGGAAUUGGUCGAGAACACGCUGAACGAUCUUGUCCAGUCUAAAUGCAUCACGAUUGAGGACGAAAUGGAUGUCUCACCUCUCAACCUCGGUAUGAUCGCGGCAUACUACAACAUCUCAUAUGUUACGGUUGAGGUGUACACCCUAUCGCUGAAAGAGCGUACCAAGAUGAAAGGUCUACUAGAGGUCGUGUCGUCAUCGGCAGAAUUCGAGACGAUCCCAAUUCGUAGACAUGAGGAUGUCCUUCUGCGGCGCAUAUACGAUCGUGUCCCAGUCAAGCUUGACAAUGCGGACUUCGAAACACCUCACUUCAAAUCUUUCCUUCUUCUGCAAGCACACUUUUCCCGGUUGCAACUCCCACCCGAUCUUGCUGCAGACCAAGUCUUGGUCUUGGAGAAAGUACUCAACCUUCUGUCGGCAUGUGUGGAUGUGAUGUCCUCAAACGCUUGGCUGAAUGCACUGAGCGCAAUGGACCUAUCGCAAAUGUGCGUGCAGGCAUGCUGGGAGACAGAUUCGCCACUCAAGCAAAUCCCACAUUUCGAGCCCGAUGUUGUCCAACGGUGCAAGGAGGCAGGCAUCGAAACUGUCUAUGAUAUCAUGGAAAUGGAAGACGACAAGCGAAACACAGUGUUGCAAAUGGAUGCAAGGCAAAUGCGCGACGUUGCAACGUUUGUGAACUCAUAUCCGACUUUGGACGUCAGCUACGAGCUCGCGAAAGGCGAUUAUACAGCUGGCGCUCCCAUCAGUAUUCAAGUAUCGCUCAGCCGUGAUGCAGAUGAGGAGACCGAGGGUGCGGACGACGAGAUCGUUGUCGCGCCUUUUUACCCACAAAAGAAGCUGGCCAACUGGUGGCUUGUCAUUGGGGAGCCAAAAUCACGCCAGCUACUCGCGAUUAAGCGCGUUACCGUGCACCGGAACCUCGCCGUCCGCUUGGAGUUUUCAUUACCUCAAGGCACCCAUGCGCUCAAGCUUUAUGUUAUCUGCGACUCAUACGUGGGUGCGGACCACGAUAUUGAUUUAGAAUCAUUGGAUGUCGCGGAAGGUGAGAGUGAUAGUGGCAGCGAGGAGAGCGACGAUGCAAUGGAGGAGUGA